AUGAAGCCACCACCAUCACCAACACUUCCACUUGCUCUCACUCUCCUCCUCCUCCUCUUCACCCCCAUUACGGCGUCUGUCUCCCUCCCUCAACCUCCAACCCCAUCCCCCAGAUCCUCCCCAUCUUCACCUUCCACAUCCACCACCUCCACCCUCGACCCAAAACAAGUGAAAGCCCUAGAAUCCCUCAACAUCCCAACCUCAAGAGACCCCUGCGUCCAACCCUCCUUCCACAAUGCCACCCUCUGCGACUCCUCCAAACCCUUCCGCCACCUCAUCUCCCUUCGCCUGACCAACUGCUCCUCCUACCUCUCCCUCUCCUUCACCGCCCUCAAGUCCCUCUCUACCCUCCGCUCCCUCUCCCUCCUCAACUGCCCUCUCUCCCCCAUUCGUCUCCCCCCGGAACUCACCUCCUCCCUCACCUCCUUCUCCUCUGUCAACAGCCUCCGCCACAUCUCCGGCGUCUGGCUCUCCCAGCUCCAGAACCUCACCUCCCUCACCGUCUCAGACGUCCAAAUCAAAGCCUCCGGCCCCUUCGUCAUCCUCGCCCACAUGACCAAACUCAAAACCCUCACCAUCUCCAACGCCAACCUCACCGGGUCCCUCCCUGGGCACCUCCACUCCAACCUCACUCUCAUUGAUUUCUCCAACAACCGCCUCAAAGGCAACAUCCCCCCCUCCAUCACCAUGCUUGACUCCCUCCAACUUCUCAACCUCUCCUCAAACUCCCUCGCCGGGGAAAUACCUCCCUCCAUCGGAGACCUAAUUUCCCUCACGAACCUCUCCCUCGCCUCCAACUCUUUCUCCGGUCCCAUCCCCGAUUCCAUUUCCGCCCUCCCCAAACUACAUCACAUGGAUCUGAGCUCCAACCAACUCAACGGAACUAUCCCCAAGUUCAUUUCCCAAAUGAAGUCUCUCAGGUACUUAAAUCUCGCCAACAACAACCUCCACGGCGUUCUGCCCUUUAACCUGACUUUCAUCAAGCGAUUGGAGGUCUUCAAGGUUGGUGGCAACACUAACCUCUGCUACAACCACUCCAUUAUUUCUUCCAAGUUGAAGCUUGGGAUCUCCCCCUGUGAUAAGUACGGAAUGCCGGUGACUCCGCCGUCGAAGGAUUCGUCCGCGGAUGAUAGCAGUGGCGAUGAUUACGAUGAUGGUGAUGAGGAGGGGAUUAGGCACAAGAAGGAGCACCAUCAUGGACCUAACAAGUUCGUUCUCGGUGUCGCCAUUGCGCUCUCUUCCAUUGUCUUUCUCAUUGUUUUCUUAAUCCUCUGCUCCAAGUGUUGUCGUUAG